GGACAUACAAAAUGGCAGAGAAACUAAACACGCUGACAGUACACCAGCACCCAGAAGCAACUUCCCUAUCUCUCUGCUGGAAAAUUUCCAAGGAAUAGAGAGAGCACAGAGACUCUUAGUGGCAGCAGGACUCAGAGGUAGGGUGCAGGGGGGCUAUUGUGACAUGCUCCAGGGAAGGGCAGCUGUGCCCUUGGCUAAGGAAGGCCCGGCCCAGAGGGGCAAGGGAGCCGGCGGACAUGGAGCGGAAGGGGCAGCCCUCCCAGGCUCCGGAGGGCAGGAAGGCGGAGCCGCAGCAACAGGCUCUCGCCCAGAACAUCGAGGGCCACGGCCAGGUGCUGCUGCUGCGCGCGCUCUGGCAGCAGGAUGAGCCGUGCCUGGCCCUGCAGGACAUUCUGGAGCAGGCCCCAACAAACAGGCCCGCCGGUCCUUCGUCCAUCCGAGCCCCAAGCAGUCGCAGCAGCUCCAACGGCUGCUCCAGGCUGCGUCGCAAGCGCUCGGGCGACAGGUCUUCGAACGGCGCGGACUGCCCGGCAGCCAAGUCCAAACGCUCCACCCAGAAGCUGCCGGAUCACAAGCUCCGGGAUGACGCCCCGCGUGAGUGUGAGCCAGAGGCAGCUCGGGCUGUGCCCCGGGCCCCCGGGUCCGGGACCGCGGAGGAUCCGGCGUCUGGAGGCCGGGACUCGCCGCAGCCUCCGGAGCCUCCCGAGCCUCCGGAGCCCGGCGCGCGGCUGCUCCUGGUGCUGUGCCGCGUGUCCGCGCUGCGCUCGCAGCUCCCGCGGCUGCAGCUGCUCCUGCAGCAGGUGCACGCCCAGCACCGCGGCCCGCCCGCCGCGCUGGUCGGGAUCGUGGUGCAGCCGCGGCCGGACGAGGAGGCUGAGGCGCGCCGCCUCAUGGAAACCCUGCUGUGCGGCGCCUUCGCGCCGCACAGCCCCGCCGUGGAGGUGCACACGGCCGUGUUCAGCCCCAACCGCCCCGAGGGUACCCUGGACGUCCAGCGCGCCGCCAAUGGAGCGCACCAUGUCCCGGCGCGAGGCUGCGUCCACCUAGUGGAUGGACAGACUCAGACGGAUGAAGACCUUCAAGAAAGCACUCCAGUCAUCGUAAUUCACGUGCUCCAAGCUCUCGGGACUGCGGCUGUGGCUCUGGGGGCCCUGGGAGCCGCCUACCACAUCAUUGAGUCCUUGUGAACAACGCCCCGGCUCACAGUCCAGCAGAUCCAGCUUCCAUCAGGGAUCUCCCUUGUCGCCAAAAUAGAACAGUAACACCAAAAGAAUUCUGUUUCUGUAGUGUGUUUUACCCAGAGACGCAACAGUUGGGCUUGGCAAAGAACUUGGUAAGGGAUGUAAGGGGGCGGGGGGUGGCUUGGUGGCUUUCUGAGCCCCAGGUAAACCAGGGUGGGAUCCUGCCAUUCCUACCGGAGGCCGCAGACCCCCAAGUGAAGGCAGCUUUCUCUACACACACUCACAGAACAACCUGUUUCCAAUGUUCCCAUUCUAAAAGCAGGAAUUAUACAAGCUCAGCCAACACCUCACCUAACCAGUCAGCUCUGCUUCCCGGCAGGAGGUCAUCCCAGUUGGUGGGAACAGGAGGGAGGCGCUGGCUCCCUUCCAGGCCUGCACCGCGGAGAGGAGAGGCCCUGUGCCCGGCAGCACUCGUCUCUGGGACACGGCUUCAUGCAGCUGCAGCUGCACCUGCAAUGGGGGAGGCGCAGGGGCCCAGUGAGGCGUGGCCUGCAGUCUGUGGUCUGUCCUGGUGACUUAGCUGCACUGGGCCAGGGCCCAGCUCCUGAGCAGCUGAGGCUGCGUCUUGGUUCCAGGUGAUCCCGGAAAACAGUAUAGGGAAGAGACGUGUGAGACAGGAGAGGAAGGAGAGUCGCAGUGGCCACUGAGAGCCACUGAAACGUAAUCCUGCUGGGGCGAUUCUAAGCCACAGAACACAGGGCUCAGAAAAGUUCCACCCAAGAGGGGUGAUUCACAUACCCGUCCUGUCGGUGGUUAAAGGCUGCUGGGAGGGAGGUGGUUAAUUCCCCUGCACUUUUGGCCGCUCUAGAAAGGAAGACUGCGGGCAAAGACAUGCAAUGGUGGAUGUUGGAGGUCCAGAAUGCCUACAGCAGCUGUGCAGGCCAGGGGAUAUGAAUGGGGGCAGGCGACCCUGAACUCAGGCAAGGGAGUGCACAGAGCCCGGGCGACCUAUUGCAACUCUAAUUAGUGCUCAGGCUAAGAACCAGCAGGACGACCCUUGGGGAGGCAGGAAGCCACAGCGCAAGUGUGAUUGGGCAGGUGGGCCAGGCCAGUUACCCAGAACCCAGGGCCCACCCACCACCUCCCAAUCCCAGGAUUUCCUUCCCUAACAGGUGCUGGUAGAUUGGGAGGGGCUAGCCCUGGGGUGACCGGAACCCUUUCUGGGGUGCCAGCCUCCCAGAGAGAAAUGCCGACUUCCGGGAGGAGUGGGGUCACGUCCAGUCCUGUCCUGCAGGUCAGGAUGGAAGGGCCCCAUGGCCCCUGCCUCUGGUCAGUCUCGCUCCUCUUCCCGAAGAUACUGAGCUCCUUUUUCUGGCACGUUCAUUAGGUCCCCUUUCAUUGUACAUGCUGAACAACCUAACCCAAACUGGUCUGAGCAAAACAGCAACGUAUUGACUCCUAUACAAGUCAAGAAAGAGUUCCAGUUCAGCCGUGGCUUGUUCUGGGGGUGCAGGCCACGGCCCAGAACAAUCCCCCUCUCUCUGCUUUUGCAGCCUCGGUUCCAAGCUCAGGCAGGCUUUUCCCACAGGGCGGCCAGGUGGCUGCAGCUACAACAGCCCACAGCCUCUGAAGAUCAAGUCUGUCAGGGAAGGCAGCCUGUCCCCCAGUGGUCAAAGGCUCUUAUUAGGUCUUUUGUCCCUCCCGGAACCCGUGAUCUGCUCAGGGGAACGCAGUGCUCCGACUGGCCAAGCUGGGCCUGCACAACCACCUUCGGAACUGAGGGUCAAGGCCAUGGAAAGUAUGAGGCUGAGAGCAGGGAAAAGACAAAAAAACAGUAAUUUCUGGUAACCUGUCACCAAAAGAAAUAGGAAUGGAUGCUAGGCAGGUAAAAAGUAGCAGGUGUCUACUGCAGGCAAGUUUGGCCAGCGACCAGGGCCCCGAUGCUAUCCUCCACUUCUGCCCCUUCCCCUCCACUUGCCCCGCCUUCAUCACCACCAGAGUGAAUGCCUGAGGAACCAGGAGCCCAGAAUCCACAGUAGCCUGGAGCCAUGGGCCCUGGGUGGUUAGGCACCCCAGGGCAGUGGUGACCUGGGCAGUACUACCCUCCCACCUGCAGAGAAAGGUACAGGCAGUGCUGUGUCCCAGUGACUGAGGGUACCACGGGCUGUUAGCGGUGAACGCCAAGGAUGCAAUGCCCAGGACAGACCCCG